AUGUGGACACCUCCAGGACAGAACCAAAGCUGGGUUUCUGAAUUUAUCCUGCUUGGCUUCUCUGGUGAUCCCACGUUCAACAGGAUCCUCUUCAUUUCCUUCCUUCUCCUUUACCUGAGCUCAGUCCUGGGCAAUGGACUCAUCGUCGCCCUGAUCUGCCUGGACAUACAGCUUCACACACCCAUGUACUUCUUCCUCUGCAUCCUCUCCCUGCUAGAUAUGGGCUGUGUCACCACUACCAUGCCCCAGAUGUUGGUGCAUCUCCUCGCUCGCUCUCAGACCAUCUCCUUUGCCAGCUGUUGGCUGCAGAUGUAUGUGUUUGGUGCCUUGGGCCUAACUGAGUGUAUUUUCUUCAUAGUCAUGGCUUAUGACCGAUAUGUGGCCAUCUGCCACCCACUGCAUUAUACUGUCAUCCUCAGCUGGGGCCUGUGCAUACGACUGGCAGCUGGGACCUGGGCCUGUGGUUUCUUCUCACCAUGAGGCUUUCUCCUCACCAUGAGGCUGCCAUACUGUGGGCCCAACGUGGUCAACCACUACUUCUGUGAAGGCCCCUCAGUACGAAGCCUGGCUUGCAUGGAUACUCACCUUAUUGAGCUGGUAGACCUGGUCAUCAGUGUCUUCAUGGUUGUUGCCCCACUCUCCCUCAUUCUGGCCUCCUACAUCCGUAUUGGCCAGACCAUUAUCAAGAUCAAGUCUACACAGGGCCGCUGCAAGGCUUUCUCCACUUGUGCUUCCCAUGUGACCGUGGUCACACUCUUCUAUGCCCCAGCCACAUACAUCUAUAUGAGGCCCAACUCCAGCUAUUCCCCUGAGCAAGACAAGCAGAUCUCACUCUUUUAUAAUGUCUUCCCUGCCUUUCUCAACCCUGUGGUCUACAGUCUGAGGAACAAAGACAUCAAGGGGGCUUUUCUCAAAGUGAUGGGGUGGGGUAGGGUGCCCUGGUGA